GUAUCUGUCAGUACAGUAAGGGCAGUAAGAUGGAUAGUGGGGAGGCUCUUGCUCAACGGCCAGUAACCUUGGACAUCACAAUGGAAGAUGUAACCAAGGAAGCCCCGGACCCUCCAGAGCCAACCACCAGUCAGACACCUUCCAGAGACAACCGUGUUACUCAGGAAGAUAGCAUCGACCUUGGUGGGGAGUUCGCCACUCCCCAAGAAGACAGCAGCGCUACACCUUCAGAGAGCCUGAUGGACAAGCUUAACGACCAGAUGAUGGAGAGUGUCAUGAUUUCUGACUCACCCAAUAACAGUGAGGAGGAAGAUGUUGCUCCCAUUGACUCCUUUCUUGAUGGAGGAGAGGAGGAGGAGAAUUCACUAGAAAUGUCAGGUGAAAAAGAGGAACAAAGUGAAAUUCGGCAGAACACAACUGAGAUUAAAGUUUCAGUGGAGGAACAGGACAAAGGUGGUCCUGAGGAAAAAGUUGAAGACAACAUAAAGGACCAGACAGAGCAAAUCACAGCCAGUGUUUCACCUCGAGAUGACAUACAGAGCCCAUCUGGUCUUAAAAGACAGGAACCAGCUCCACAAGAAGCUAAAGGGACACACCCAAAAGACGAGCCUGUUCCAGUGUGUACCAUAUUCAGCCAGGGCACCCAGCCAAAGUCUCUAGUGCCUGAUGGCUUCCAGCCCACCCUCAUCAAGUCCCCCAGCUUUAGCAUGGGUAGUGGUGGGGGAAGCACUGAGGCUGUAACCCCUAGCAAGUUGAUGGCCCCCCUCGUGUGCCAGCCCAGCCCCAGUCUCAGUAAGUUCUUCACUGACAAUGGACAGGCCAACCCAGCCUCUGACUUUUUUGAUUCCUUUACGGCCCCCUCCUCUUUUAUCUCUGUUUCAAACCCAAAUGCUGAGAUCUCUCCUGGCCCCAGCCCAGUGGCCAUAGCCCCCACACCUGAUCACCAGCUCUCUUCCACCUCCUCCUCCAUCUCUACCCCCGGAGGAACUUUGGACUCUUGUGCUCCCACCCCUAGUUCAGUCUUUGUCCAUGCCCCAACCGAAUCCACCACCAAGCCCCCCAAAAAUCCCCCCCAAGCUGUCUCAGCUCCAUCUCAAGCCCUUUCCCCAGCUACUCAGCCACAGCCCUUCAACCAGCUCCAGGCUGUGUUCUCAGGCAGUGAUGACCCAUUUGCAACAGCACUGAGCCUGAGUGAGGUUGAUAGGCGCCAUGAUGCCUGGCUGCCAUCUGAGGAGACUAGGAAGGUGUUGAUCUCUGUGGCCACCCAGCACUGUAACCCAGCCUAUGUAGAGACCAACAGACUCACCAUGCCUGGACUCAAGUUUGACAACCUGCAGGGCGAUGCUGUAAAAGACGUAAUGCUUCGUUUCCUGGGAGAACAGGCAGCAAUGAAGCGUCAGGUCCUCACUGCCAACUCUGUGGAACAGUCCUUCACAGGCCUCAAACAACUCAUCAGCAGUAAGAAUUGGCGGGCUGCGGUGGACCUGACGGGCCGGCUGCUGACAGCUCAUGGUCAGGGAUAUGGAAAGGCUGGUCAGCCAACCUCCCACACUACUGACUCACUGCAGCUCUGGUUUGUGCGGUUGGCCCUAAUGACCAAACUGAACCUCUUCCAAAAUGCUGAGCUGGAGUUUGAGCCCUUUGGCAACCUGGAUCAUCCAGACCUCUACUAUGAGUACUACCCCACUGUUUACCCUGGGAGAAGAGGCUCCAUGGUGCCAUUAUCCAUGCGGCUGCUGCAUGCCGAGCUUCCCCAGUACCUGGCCAAGCCCCAAGAGGCUCUGGACCGCCUGCACAAUCUCAAAACCGUUUCCCUCACUAUUCUGGACAACUUGGAGAAAGGCUUGGCUGAGGAUGGCAGCAUCAUCACCCGAACACAGGAGAACAGGCAAGAGUCUCUUAAGCUUUGGAGGUCUCGCCUCAGCCGGAUCAUGUACUCCAUGGCCAACUGUUUGCUGCUGAUGAAGGACUAUGUUCUGGCUGUAGAAACCUAUCACUCGAUCAUCCAGUAUGAACCCCAGCAGAGAGAACAGCUACUCAGUGGCAUAGGACGAAUCUUCUUGCAGAUUGGAGACAUCAAAACAGCAGAGAGGUACUUCCAGGAUGUGGAGAAAACCUGCCAGAUGAAAGGGAGCCAGCCCAGUCAGACCACAUGCAUGCUAAUGAACAGGGCCUUUGUCUACCUCAGUCAGAACAACUACGCUGAAGCACAUGCAUCCUUCAUUGAAGUCUUGAAAACUGACCCGAAAAACCCCGUUGCCAACAACAACGCAGCAGUGUGCCUGCUGUAUCUAGGCCGUCUGAAGGAGUCCCUUGGCCAGCUGGAGGGCUUGGUGCAGCAGGACCCCGCACUCUACCUCCAUGAGAGUGUCCUCUUCAACCUGACCACUAUGUACGAGCUGGAGUCGUCUCGCAGCACCCAGAAGAAGCAGGCUCUGCUUGAGGCCGUGGCUUGCCGGGAGGGGGACAGCUUUAACAUACAGUGUCUCAAAUUGGUCUAAGAGGCAAGAGGAUUAACUGGGACAAACACUAGUGCAUUCUUUUUCCUCCAGUGUGACAGGAAGUAAAACCCCAAGAGUGGAAUCUGGAGGACUGGAAAGCUCUAGCUCCUGUCAGAGUGUGGUGACAGAAAGCAAAUGUUUAGUGCUUGGUUUGAUUUCCCAAAAAUGAGUUGAUACAAGAUCUUUCAGAUCACACUUUUCUCUUUGCAUCCUUCUGAAGAGUGACCCAGUAAUGAGCUACACAUUUACUUACAGGAACAGCCAGGCCAGCUCAUACUAAUACUAUUUGAGUGACAUUCUGGAAAGAAAACUCUUUAUAGAAGAUUGCUAUUACUCUGUCUGUUCAGUAAAUAUGUAUAUACUAAAAGGCAGGUAUCCUAGUUUAGCAUAAAGACUGGAAAAGGAAACGGAAACAGCUAGCCUGGCUCUGUCUAAAUGUAAAAAAAAAAUUCAGCCACUCCAAAGGGACCACUAUGACCUCAUGGGAUAGGUCAAAUGACCAUCAGGGGUACAUCACUAGCAUUACCAAUAGCAAGCAAAUCUUGUAUUUUAUUUGAGUAUAUGGUUUUUUGUCUGCUUGUUUUUGUUCUUUUCUGCUACAAUGGAUGCAUUUCAGGUGGGAAAAACAGUCUGAAGAAGUUUUGUCUUUUGUCCUCUUCAUUAUGUGAUACUUUAGCCAGAUGUGAACAAACCUGAAGGAUGAGACAUAAUACAUAUGAAAGAAUAAGGGUCAAUUCUUCAAAAAUUCAACUGUAAUACAGAAACGUUUUCAAAAGCAUUUUUGCACUUGAAAAUUUUGCAUUCAUCACAUUUUUAAAUCACAAAGAGAAGGAACUGCUUCAUGGAAAAUAAAUAAGUGGAGCAGCUUGUUUAAGAAGCUUUCCUGGUUUUUACCUUUGCUGUAAGGAGUUUUACAAAUUUUUCAGGGAGAGCCAUAUUAUGUGCUUCUUCACUGCUAAAUUUCAUACAGUACAAGCAGACAAGCUGAUUAGGCUAUCAAAUAUUACCUUACCUUCAUCUUUCAUGUGACCCUGGCCCUUCAGGUCUUGAUCCCAAGAGUGUCUCCCCACCAGGAAAAAGUCCAGCACAUUAUAACCCCCUGUCAAGUAGUCAUUUACACAAGCUAGGUGUUUUGUUUUCCCCUGCUAACAGUCUUUGUGCUAAGCUAACCUAAGCAGUUGGUUGCUGAAGCUUCAGAACUGGCAUGUAGUCAUGAGAGAAUCUCUGCAAGAAAGUGACUAGAAGUAGUUCCCAAAAUGUCAAACUAUUCCUUUAAAAUGGUUUUAUUAUUAUUAUUAUUAAAUAAGUUCUAGUUGCAGAGGAAAUACCAAAUUCAGCAUCAUGAGAUUGGAAGAAAGGCGUCAACGUAGAUGUAGCCUACAUUGCUCCACAUACCAAUAGUGGUUUCAAGGGAGUUGCAGGCUCAUCAUCUGACACUGACUCUGAGACAGGGGCAUUAUCCUGAGCAUCACUGUGCUGAAAGACUAAUAAACGACAGCUGAGGUCCAAAGCUUCUUCUCAGCAGACCCUGUAAUUCUGGAUUAACAGUCAGAGACCACUCGGAUUUCAGAUCCCAGGUUUAUUAACUCAAAAAUAAGCCUUUCUGAUUCCAUUUAGCCUCUCCACUAAUCAAAAAUACAAAUAUUAGGAAUCCUAAAUUGCACAUAUCAAAGAAGCUGAUUAUUUUUCAUUUUAACUGAUUAUAUCAAAAUAAUUGUCUUGUUAAAUCUUUCAGUGAUUUGUCAUAGUGGGUCUUUAAUUAUCACUGUUUACAUAUUGUGUUGAUCAUAUUUAUGUAUAUUUAAAAAACUGUUUUAUCCUAAAUAAAGCUGUUUUUUUAAUCAACUUAUCUGGUUUAGGAAAAAAACAUAACAGACUGACAAUAGCAGCAGUUUUAUUUUCCAUACAACAAAAAAUGUAUAUUUAACUGUCAGAAAUGGUCCACCCCAUUAGCACAGAAUAGUUAUCUCUCACUUGUGAGUCACAGAAUCUGAACAUUAAAUUAGAAAAUACUUA